GUGUCCCGAACAGACAACACGGUGAAACUGAAGCAUUCGCAUAGCAGCACACGGGUACAACUAUAUACAUUAGUUACAGUAUGUCCGGUGCCAGAAUUUCAUCAUUUCUAAGGAGCCUGUUGCGCCGAAAGCCCCUGGAACCAGAAGGAGAGGUGUCAAACUUCUGUCGCUGCCUAUCCACCCUGGACCUGGUAGCGUUGGGGGUUGGCAGCACCCUGGGCGCUGGCGUGUACGUGCUGUCUGGAGAGGUUGCCAGGAUCGUGUCUGGCCCCAGCAUAAUUGUCUCUUUCUUCAUUGCUGCACUGGCCUCCAUCUUUGCUGGACUUUGCUAUGCAGAGUUCGGGGCCAGGGUCCCAAAGACAGGCUCUGCUUACCUGUACAGCUAUGUGACCGUGGGGGAGGUGUGGGCUUUCAUCACCGGAUGGAAUUUACUGCUCUCUUAUAUCAUAGGUACCUCAAGUGUAGCCAGGGCAUGGAGUGGCACAUUUGAUGACCUUAUUGGAAAUGUUAUAGCUAACGCUUUGGGAAAAUAUGCACCUAUGGGUCUGCCAGGCCUGGCUGCCUUCCCAGAUUUCUUUGCAGCCGGUCUUAUCCUGUUACUUGCUGGUGUCCUUGCAUUUGGUGUCAAAGAGUCUUCGACAAUCAAUAAGAUAUUCACUGGCAUUAACAUAGCAGUUCUGCUGUUUAUCAUCAUUUCUGGCUUCAUCAAAGGAGACAUUAACAACUGGUAUAUCAGUAUGGAAACUAUCCUGAAUACUACAUCACACAUGCAGGUCAGCAAUCUGUCCUCUACUGUGAAUGCGACGAGUGGUUUUGGAGUUGGUGGAUUCUUCCCGUUUGGAUUCCAAGGAACCUUGGCGGGAGCUGCAACCUGCUUCUAUGCUUUUGUUGGAUUUGACUGCAUUGCCACCACAGGGGAAGAAGUGAAGGACCCUCAGAAGUCCAUUCCACUGGGCAUUGUCUCUUCCCUGCUCAUCUGCUUCCUUGCCUACUUUGGAGUUUCUGCUGCCCUGACACUCUUAAUGCCCUACUACUUAUUGAGCAUUCAUAGCCCCCUGCCAGUGGCCUUUACUUAUAUUGGUUGGAAUGCAGCCAAGUAUGUGGUUGCCGUGGGUUCCUUGUGUGCACUCUCUACAAGCCUCCUGGGCUCCAUGUUUCCAAUGCCCAGAGUCCUCUUUGCCAUGGCUAGAGAUGGACUCCUUUUCAAAUCCUUGAGUAACAUCAGUUCUCGGCAGAGUCCAGUUGUAGCUACACUGUCAUCUGGCAUUGUGGCAGCAAUCAUGGCUCUGUUGUUUGACCUGAAGGCACUGGUUGAUAUGAUGUCAAUCGGAACACUUUUCGCCUACACCCUUGUGGCCGUGUGUAUUCUCAUACUUCGGUACCAAGACGAUUGCACUGAAGACUCCAAUAAUAUCCAAAAAACAGAAACAAGCUCAAAGUGGAGGUUUUUAAAUCCUCCUUCACACCCAACUUCUGAAACGUCAAAAAAUGUAUCAACUUGUACAAUUGUCAUUAUUAUACUGAUUAUCAUCUUGAGCCUAUUUUUGAGUAAGGCUACAAAACCUCUGCUGUGCCAAGAAGUAUGGAGUCUUCUUUGUGUCUCAGUCAUCCUUCUUAUUCUGGUUCUUAAUGUUGUUAUUAUAUGGAGGCAGCCUCAGAGUCCCAUCAAAGCUACUUUUAUGGUGCCCUUUUUGCCAGUACUCCCCACAGUGAGUGUUUUCAUCAACGUCUACCUCAUGAUCCAACUGGGUACGGACACAUGGAUUCGAUAUGCUGUUUGGAUGGCAGUGGGACUGCUCAUCUACUUUGGUUACGGUGUUCACCACAGUGUGCAGAAACAACGGCUUCUCAAUGCAAGCAAUCAGGUCCAUAUUCAGACCAUUGAGACCAAAGCAGAAGGGGAUGGAGUGAAAAGAGAAGACAGAUUCUGAGCCUGAGGGAAAAAUGUUUGACAGUAGAAUGAAACUAACCAUUUUGAAAGUCUUUAUUUGGAAUACAUGGUUUUAAAAAAAUUUAAUAUGCAUUAAAUUUUGUACCAAAUGCAGUUUAUGAAAUAUAGGUUUUAUGUAUGAUAUUAUUAAAACAGU